CACGCAUGCGUAUCAAAGCCUCUUCUUUUGCCAGCGCUAAGUGACUGCUGAAAAACAAAGGCAGUGAACCACGGCGGGGAAAUAUCAUCAGUCAUCCCUAAUGGAGGAAAGAGACGCCAAACAAUCAAUAAUCUCAUCGUUUGAGAUGCGGGAGAAAACUCGUAUCACUGGUUUUGCUGUUUGUGAGUGAACAACAUUUCAGAUCUCGCAGCUGUAAGUGACUAAAUCGGGUUUUGAGAAUCCACAGGUCCCUCCUCUUUGCUUCUUUAUUUUUUUUUCUCCAUCAUCUGUAUUUCUGGAUGGAUCUGGAAUGAAUGACAGCAUCUGUGGGCGAGGAACUGUCACUCCACUGCUGUCUCGUCUCUUAUCGCGGACUUUACAGACAGUUUGACCGAUUGGAGGUAGUAAUGUUCCCCGUAGUUAAGUAAAGAAAGGAGUUUGAGAAGGAAGGCUGUGACCUGGUUCCAACACCUCUUUAUGGGUUUUGUAGCUGACAUUUAAGACACAGUUGAGUUCUGGAUUUUCUCUUGUGUUAAAGUUACCUGCCGACGAGAGGCGCUGUCCGUGGUCCUGAAGCCAUCUCAACUUCUCCAGCUAUCCCACUUCUGGCUCUGCUUCAAGACAACUUAAGAGUUUCUCCAAAAAGUAACAGAGAGAAGUUUGAUCAUCCACCAGCAGCUCCACCAAGAGCUGAAUAUGGUAACUCCAACCAGAGUUCAUCUGCACAGUUUGAUACUUUUAUUUUUUGUAGCCCAUCUGAGUCAGCAAGUAUGUGUGGAUGUCCCAUCGGAGACAGAAGCAGUCCUGGGUAAUGCCAUGAAGCUGACAUGCAUCUUCUGUAUGAGGAGGGAGGAGGUCACGGUAAAGACACGUGUGGAAUGGUACUACAAACAAGAUUCAGGACCAAAUGACACAUCUAGUGAAACCAGAAUUUACUUGUAUGAGGAUAACAAGCCUGUAGAGGUGGAUGGACCCUUUAAGGGCCGUUUGGCUUGGAAUGGGAGUCAGGACUUGCAGGAUGUCUCCAUUCAAAUCCUAAACGUCUCCUAUAAUGACAGUGGUCUCUAUGAAUGCAAAGUGCACCGCGAAUUUAUGUUCGACUCUUUCAAGCCAUCUGUCAACCUCAUCAAGAACAUCACGUUAAAGGUGAAAGAGAAAGCCAGUGAAGACACCACAGCGCUGUACUCUGAGAUCAUGAUGUAUGUGCUGCUGGUGUUUUUGACCUUCUGGCUGUUAGUAGAGAUGGUUUACUGCUACAGGAAGAUCUCCAAGUCUGAUGAGCAGGUGCAGGAUACAGCGACAAACUACCUAGCCAUUCCUUCUGAGCAGAAAGACAAUCCAGCCGCUCCUGUUACCGAAUAAAAGUGGUUGUCAGUGACACGGUACUGACCAAUCAGGAUGGGGCGUCAGAGUCAUGUGACAGAAACCGGCAAAGGUUACACAACGUCAUCUUUGCCCUUAUGAAGGUAUCAUUACUCCCAGACAGUCAUGAUUCCUGUCAGCCGACCUCCCCUGUAUAUCGACGGCGUCUUGCGAAGAGCCAGUCAAAAAAAUGUUAAAGUGCACUGUUUCUCUCCCUCUUUUCCUCUUUUUUUUUUUUACCUUUGUGCCAGGCAUCAGAAAUCAAGUACUUUCAAUACAACAGGGUACAGAACAACAGUUGAUGUAAUGCUUUUAUCAUCAGCUUCUUUCGGACCUGCCAGUGCUUAGGAUUACUGAACAUUUGAUUAGUAGUGACUUGUGCCUCUGUGAUUUUCAACCUAUAUAAAUGAUAAUAUCUAAGGAAAGAAACUCUCCUUAAGCCUUUUCAACUCAUACUGAUUCUAGUGUUUGGUUCAUUUUAGUUUCAUUCAUUCUUACAAUUUUAUAGACAAUACAUACAUUGUUGGUUUUAUUUGUAUUGGUCUGUACAAUUUUUAUGUAUUUCUAAGGAAAAAUGGAUUGCAUCGCUUUUAUACUGUAUGGAUGUG